GACUUAGCUCCACUCCUACCUUUCCAGGACAACAUAAUUUGUCCAUAGAUCAGUUGGAGUAAAUCCAAUGUUGGAUUUGGAUGCAGGCACCUUCAGCUCUGGAACAUGAAUCUGAUCUCUGGGUAUGUGUAUAGCCACAGCUGCCUACUUCCUGACAAAUUAGUCUCCCUCUGGUGUCAGAAGUACAGUCUGUGUCUGUGUGUGUGUGUCUGUGUGUGUGUGCGCGUCCGUCAGUCCCAUGAGGAACAGGAAAUGGUGGGAAGGUAUGUGUUCAUUUGUGUUUGUUUCGAAGUACCUCAUUCUCCCUACACAAUUUAGACUCCCCCUAGUGGUCUUCCUGCACCUGGACAGCGGGGUAAUGGAAGAGUCCAGGGGAGGAGGGACAGAGGAAUAGGGAGAAAGAGAUGGAAGGACAGGGCAGGAAAAAGGAGACUAGGAGAAAGGGAGAAAAAGAAGCUCCCUGGAUAGAUAGGAGUUUCAGCAAGUUGCACACCAGUUCCAGUCAGCAAGAGGUGUUCAUCAGCAGGUGUCCAGCUUUCCCCAAGUGAUGGUGUAGGGGUGAUGCUGGCCUCCAGCUACUUCAGCUGAGCUGGACCCAGAAAACAACUCAACAGCCCCACUUCCUCAUGGGGAGACUAGAAGGCAGUGAGCCUGGGUUCUGCAAAGCUGUCAAGGGAGGGGAGAGUUGCCUCCGGGGACGUCACCCAGCAGACUUCCUCUCUAAGCCACACAGGAAGAAGAAAGGGCCCAGCAUCCAGCACCCGGGGUCCACUGCCUCAGCACAGGCCCCAGUAGGGACCCCAGGAAAACCUGUCCUGGGAACACUGUGCUGCACCCAUUCAGCAAGGGGACCAUGGGAUCCGAUAACAAGUAAGAUCCAGGCGCUUCCCCAUGCCCCUUAAAUAUAGUCUGAGGGUAAGAACUUGAACUGAGAGCUCUUGUGCGUUGGAGUAGGGGAAAACAGAGGAAAGGAGGAAAUAAAUUCCGUGAUGGGGUGCAGUGAGUUGGCCACAGCCCUAAGGAAUGAAGAAGAGUGCUUCUAAACCCACCUUCAAACCUUCUUCUGUAGCCUCCAUCAUCUGUGAUCCCCUUCAGCCUAGGGCUCUGUCUUGGUAGACCUUUUUUUCUCUGCUGGUCUGAGUUGCUGCAGGUCUCUAGCUCCCUGUCCCUCCUUGCCUUCAUAUCUUCCUCUUUUUGCAUUUGUAUCUUUCUCUGUCUCUCUAUCCCUCCAUCCUUAUUUCCCUAGGCUCUGCUGACUGGGGAUGGUCAGAAGGGAUGAAUGAUGGAGAUAAGAGAACCCAAGCUCUGGUGCCCUUGCAAAAAUACAAUGCAGUCAUGCACGAGGCCAGAAAAAAGGCAGGAAAACAGAUAGAAGAAUACACAGAGAGCCAAGGCAUGCACCAACAAGCAAGCAUUUAUUAAGUAAGCAUCUACUAGGUGUGUUGGGCAUCUGUUAUGCAUUGGCAUACAAAGAAAAAAAGCAAAAGUAUCCAAUUAUCCCUACCCUCAAGGAGCUGACAUUCAAAAAUGGAAACAAUGUGCAUGUGUUUUGGUUUAUACAAAAUAGAUACAAGGACAGAGAGAUGCACUAUCAGCAAAAGAUGACAGGAGCUGAGUCUUGAAGGAAAUUAGACAUUCUAGGAGGUGGGGAGGAAGGGCAUCCUAAGCAUGUAAAACAGCCUAUGCAAAGGUAUGGAGACAGGAGAUGGAGCAUCAUGUAUAAGGAACAAAAAGACGAAUUUGGUUGGACUAAAGAGUGAGUAGAGGGGAAUGAUAUAUAAGAAGACUAGAAUGGUACCUUGGGCCAGUUUGUGUUGUUGAGUUGUUUUUUUCAGUAAUAUCUGACUCUUUAUGACUUCUAUUUGAGGUUUUCUUGGCCAAAUGACUAGGUUGAUUUGUCAUUUCCUUUUCUAGCUCAUUUUUUAAGAUGAAGAAACUGAGGCAAACAGAGUUUGUGACUUGCCCAAGGUCACAUAGCUAGUGUUUGAGGCUGCAUUUGAACUCAGAUCUUCCAGACUUCAGGCUUGGCUGUGUCACUUAGCUGCUGGUUAAAUUGCUCAGUCAAUAAGAGUUCAAACUCAGAACUUCCUGACUCCAAGUUGAGCCCUUGAUCCAAUGUUGCCAAGCUUUUCCUCCUUAGACAGGAAAUCUCUCUCUGUCGCUUUCCUCCCUUUCACACACACAUACACUCACCCCUGGGUACCCAAAUUGAAGCCUCAGCCCUCUUUGUUCCCCAGGGAGGAUCCCAAGAGCACAUUUGCUUGGUUCUUUGAAGCUGCCUACCCCACUUCUCUGCAGGAGGCACCUCCCAUCCUUCGCCAAUUCCCUAAAGAUUUCUGUGAUCAGGAACUAAUGCAAAUGGUACCCAAAUUCUGUUUCCCUUUUGACUUGGAGAGGGCAGGCCACAGUCUAGCUGCCCAACACUUCACCUUUGUCCUAACUGACUUGGCUGGGAGUCGAAGAUUUGGCUUCUGCCGCCUGGGGACCAAUGCCAGGAGCUGCCUCUGCAUACUCAGCGAUCUGCCCUGGUUUGAGGUCUUCUACAAACUGCUCAACAGCGUUGGGGACCUAUUAGCCCAGGACCAGGUCUCUGAAGCUGAAGAACUUCUCUCUACCCUGUAUCUGCAUCCCAUACCUGGGCCAGAGGCCCCUUUGGGGCUGUCCCUGGACCAACAGGAGGGCAAGCUAAGAAUUUCCAGUCAUCCCAGCCUCCUACCUCCUGCACCUGGGACAAACCAGCUGCUAUCCUGCUUCAUCGCCCCAGUUUCUGGAUGUCUGCCCUCCAUCCCUGAAAAUAGGAACCUGACAGAGUUAGUGGUGGCUGUGGCUUCAGAGAACAUCGUGGGCUUAUAUAGCUCUCUGCUCAGUGAGCGUAGAGUUCUGCUCAGUGCCAGCAAACUCAGUACGCUGACAGCCUGUGUCCAUGCAUCCUGUGGCUUGCUAUAUCCUAUGCACUGGGAACACAUACUCAUCCCCACACUGCCCCCUCACUUGCUGGACUACUGCUGUGCCCCCAUGCCUUACCUCAUCGGUGUCCAUACCAGCCUCAUGGAGAGGCUUCGGGAAAAGGGCCUGGAGGAUGUGGUCAUCUUGGAUGUGGACACGAACACCUUGGAGUCACCAUUCCAGGAUGUGGAGACACUGCCCCCAGAUGUGGUGUCCCUCUUGAAACUAAGGCUAAGAAAGGAGGCUUUGGCUGCUGGUGAUGGUGUGUCUCGACUCUUUCUGAGGGCUCAAGCUGUGCUGUUUGGUGGCUACAGAGAUGCACUGAUCUGCAGACCCGGACAGCCGGUGACAUUCAGCAAAGAGGCUUUUCUGGCUCAGAAGCCAGGACCCCUGCAGGCCUUCAGGCAAAAUGCCAUUCACCUUCAACUCUUCAAACAGGUACAUCCAAGCCAAAGGGGCUGGGCAGGGGGGCUGGCGCCCACAGGCCAGGGCAGCCCACAAAUCCCCUGCUUUCUUCCUCCUCAGUUCAUCGAUGAACGCCUGGAGAAGCUGAAUUCUGGAGAAGGCUUCUCCGACCUGUUUGAGCAGGAGAUCACUAGCAGUGGACUAGCCUCAGGAAGCCUCCGAUCCUAUCAGCUCUGGGCCGACAAUCUGAAAAAAGGUGGAGGAGCCCUUCUGCAUUCUGUGAAGGCCAAAACCCAGCCAGCCGUGAGGAACAUGUACCGCUCAGCCAAGAUUGGGCUCAAGGAAGUGCAAAACAGGUUAAGGUACAAGGAUAGCGACUCCUUGCUGCAGAGGGGGGGUUCUCUUCGGGUUCCAGCUCCUGACAAUCGCUCAGAACGUCUGCAACACCGCCUGCCCAUCACCCACCACUUUGGCCAGUCCAGGCCCUUGAGACCCCGUCCCCAGAGGUCCCAAUCCCGAUCUGAGGACCAGGUGCCCUGGGAGGAAGAACACAGGGAGUCCCACUCUGGGCCCAAGGAACCCUGGGGACUGGAGGACUUCGACAGCAACUUCCUGGGUUCAGGAGAACUGGACCUGCUCGGGGAGAUACUGGACAAUCUCAGCAUUGGAAUAGCUGAGCCUGGUGAAUCCCCUGGUCUACACCCCAGCCACAGCUUAGACAACUGCCAUUUGGACCAAGGUGGUUGUUUCAAAUCGGUACUCCAAGAGGAAGAGGAAACUCCAGAGAAGCAAUUACUGUCUCCCACAAUCUUUGCUGCAGCCUUUUCUGGUCAGGGGUCAGAAGAAACCAGGACUUCCCAAACCUCUGUGGAGACUGAGGACCCCCAACUACCUUCCCCGAGUCAUCAGCACUUCCUGACUGACAAAGAACUUCCAGAGCCUCACUUGCUGCCCACCAGGCCCCUUGCUGUACCUCAUUCCUCCCAAGCGUUUGCUGAAGCCGAGACUCCCAACAUCUGUGCAGAAUGCAGGCCCCCCAGCCCUGUGCCUGUUCCCCAGAACACUGGUAGAGGGGUAGCCCCAAACCUCAGAGAGGGGGUUUCUGUUCAACCCAGGGUUUCUCAGCUCAAAAAGAGGUUUGAGGGUUAGGGGCAAUUCCAGAUCAAGGAGAGUAGGGGCAGAGAUCCAGUCACUAAUUAGGGUUCCCCCCCCCACUCCAAUAGCUAUUUCAUUUGUCCUAUCAAGUCCCACCCUAGUCCUCAACCUCCCCCCAAUAAAAUUCUCUAUCAGUCCAGUGCCAA